GUUCCCUUCCCCAUUGCCUACUAGUCUAGGACCCUUCCCUACUGCGAUCUAUUUGAUUGCUGCACGAACCUAAACAAAUCAUGUUACUGGUCUCUGGCAUCAAUUCACCCGAAAGUGAAUGCCGUUGUGGUCCUCCGGCGCAAGCUACCAUGCUGCUCCUCGGGAUCCCUGCCCCAAGCCCUCUUUAUUCAAAUACGAACGUGUCACCCUCUGACAUUCACUUUUUCUUGUAUCACCACCCUUCUUUGUCUCUUAGAUCCUUGAUUUCUUCAUGGUGGUGGUGCUUUGAUUCUAUUACUACCUUGCUUCAUAAUCGUCAUUUGUCGAUCCUCACCCCACAACCGUGAAUACCGAAGCAAUCAAAAGCUUAACUUUCGCAUUUUGCCGCCGAUAUGGCACACAGCCAAGAGAAAUAUGAUAUUGUCAUCGUGGGUGCAGGCCCUGUUGGCAUUCUUCUGUCCUUGUGUAUGUCACGAUGGGGUUACAAAGUAAAGCACAUCGACAACCGCCCGGUGCCCACUGCUACUGGUCGCGCCGAUGGUAUUCAGCCACGUUCCACAGAAAUUCUCCGCAAUCUCGGCCUGAAGCGCCAGAUUAUGGCCUAUAAACCCGCUAAAGUCUACGAUGUCGCGUUCUGGGAUCCCCUUGUUGAGGGAAAAGGCAUUCACCGCACGGGUAGCUGGCCUAGUUGUCCCCGUUUCAUCGACACCAGAUAUCCCUUCACAACCCUUGUUCAUCAGGGUAAGAUUGAACGGGUAUUUUUAGAUGAGAUUCAAAAGGCGGGCACCACGGUUGAGAGACCCUGGACUAUUACCGGAUUUAAGAAUGAUGGGUUAGACGAAACUUACCCGGUCGAGGUGCAGCUGAAAUGUCUCGAUACCAACGUGAUCCAGACGGUUCGCUCGAAGUACCUCUUCAGCGGUGAAGGAGCCCGGAGCUUUGUAAGACAGCAGCUUGGUAUCCAAAUCCACCACAAGGAUCCUAUCUCUUAUGUUUGGGGUGUUAUGGAUGGUGUCGUGAGGACAAACUUCCCUGAUAUUGAGACCAAAUGCACUAUUCACUCUGAUGCUGGUUCGAUUAUGGUGAUUCCACGUGAGGACAACAUGGUUCGCCUUUACGUUCAGAUCGCUUCCUCUACGGAUCCUGACUUCAACCCAAGAAAGACGGCGACUGCCGAGGAGGUCCAGGAGACAGCGAAGAAGAUUUUGAAGCCAUACUGGGUGGAAUGGGAUCGCGUCGAGUGGUACUCUGUCUACCCAAUUGGGCAAGGUAUCUCAGAGAGAUAUACCUUGGACGAGCGAGUGUUUAUGGGUGGUGAUGCGUGCCACACUCACAGCCCUAAAGCUGGCCAGGGUAUGAACACUGCGUUCCACGACGCAUUGAAUAUGGCUUGGAAGCUCCAUGCCGUCGAAUCCGGGCUUGCCGACCGGGCUAUCUUGAGCACAUAUGAAUCUGAGCGGAAAGAUAUCGCAGAGACCUUGUUAGACUUCGACGCGAGGUACGCUGCUCUGUUCUCUAAACGCCGUCCCACCGCUGGAGAGGUUGGCUCUGCUAGCCACGCCACCGUCGCGGCUGGUGGUAAUGAUGACGAGGAUGAGUUUGUCAAGACUUUCAAGUCUUCAUGCGAAUUUACCAGCGGCUAUGGUGUUGCAUACAAACCGAAUGUCUUUAACUGGGACUCUACUCACCCUGCUAAGUCAUCUCUGUUCGAUAUCCCCGGUGUGAGACUGAUUGCCGGCCGCGCUUUCACACCUUCGACGGUUACUCGACUUGCAGAUGCCAACUUUGUGCACUUGGAACAAGAAGUGCCAGCCAAUGGUGCAUUCCGUAUAUUUAUUUUCGCGGGUAAACAGGAAAGGACGAAGAAGGCCAUCGCGGAUUUAGGGGCAAAUCUGGAGAAGGAGCGCUCGUUCCUGUCUGUGUACCGGAGACCUGAUAUUGCUGAUGUUUCGUUCUUUGAGCGUCACCAGCCUCACUCCAUGCUUUUCACCCUUUGUGUCGUGUAUGCUACCCAGAAGAACCAAGUUGAUAUGGAGGCUGUGCCCAAGAUUCUCCGCGAUUACCACCACCACAUCUAUGCGGACGACAUCCCCGACGUGAGAGUCCCCAAUGCCGAGUUCGCUGCACACGAGAAGCUUGGCUUUGACCCCGAGAAGGGAGGUGUUGUGGUAACCCGCCCCGACGGCCAUGUUGCCUGUACUGUGCAGUUGGUGGAAGGCAGUGGCACUGUGGAUGCCCUGAACGCCUACUUCAACGCCUUCUCAACCAAGCCAUUAGGCCAGGAACAGCAACACAGUCGUCUGUGAUUCAUGAUUCGCUGGUUUUUGUGAUGCUGCUUGAUGUUUAUAUUAGUAUCCUUGCCUUUCCUGUUUUUCUUUUUUCUUUUUUCUUCGUUUUAGCUUGUUUGUCCUGACUACUUAGGUAUGACCCGCAUGCUUGGCGUUCAUUGUAUGGCAAAUAGAAGUAUUUCCUUUAUCACAUAGAAUUAAGUCUUAACUCGGGUUCGGAUGGUA